GGCAUCGUCUUCGUUACUUGAAGAAUGAACGUUAGCAGACAUGGUGUCGCUGAACUCAAUUCAAAUCUAAAAAUGUCUUGGUUUGACCGCUUCUGAAAAUUUUCACGAGUUGUCGAUGUGACGCACCAAUCAUUUUGCGACAGUUUGACCUUCAAGUGCUUUAUCGGUAGUCUGGGUGAAAAUAUUGAAAAUACUGGGUACUAUCUCCAGAUGGUACUAGAGAAUACUUAGAAUGAUUUUUAGAGAUUUCUGCAUACUGUUUUUAGUGACUGUAUAAUGUGUGCAGAAUUUUCGUAACUUCGCCACUUUCUUGCUAUACCGUGUUAAUUUGAUUUUUUUUAGCGACAAAACUUCACUACAUAGACGGCUUUGAAUGACUAAAUUUCAAACUCUGUUGUUACUUCUGUAUUCGAGUUUCUAUUAGCUUGGAUUGCUGGGUAUUUAAUACCAGGAUAUAGAAAUGCCCUAAAGAAUCCUGUUCCUACUUCGUAACAAGAAUGCACCUAAAACUCAGGAUUCGUUUUUUAAUAACAAUAUUUCUGGUACUAUCUUUUUCAAUUGCAUUUAUUUGGAGAUUUCAAGAGCUGAAAUAUACCGAGUUACUAGGAACAUGGACAUUUAAAAGGGAAUCUGAUAAGCUUAAGCCAAUUUUGAUUAAAUCUGUUGGAUAUCAAUGUGACUCUCAUAACAUAAGUGUAUUUCAAACUCAAAUUAACAUAUAUACUAAAGUCCGUCAUCAGUCAAAUUCUUGUAUUAGCUGUCAAAGUUCCAUAGUAGUUUUCACACUUUCGAAAUCCUCACCUACAAGCAGAUAUUUGGUUCAUAUUAUAAAGGUCUUACUGAUCCCACAUCAUGUUAUUUCAAUGAACCAUGCUCAACUAAGUAAUAUUUCAGAUCUUCUGCAUUCGAUUUUACAAAACGAACAAAUUAGGAUAAUAAUAUUCGAAAAUUUCGCACUUUAUACGAACUUACCACCACUACAAAAGUUACAACUUGACACUCUCUGCAAAAACUACAAUAUUGGGGUGGUCGGGUUUCUGUUCGAUGGUGAAGGUUUCACUACUGAAGGUGGCACGUGGUCUAAGAUUGGUGAACUGCCACUCUACAUCCAUCGAUUAAGAAAACCUCCACAAGGAUUCUAUACAUCUCUGAAUGCAUCAAUACUUAGGGUCACUCGUUCCGGUCGCAUGAAUCCUGACACACUUGAGAUUGAAAAACAGAUUAACGGAGCUGGAAACCAAUCUCAAACUGUUUGUUGCAUGGCAACGUUGGUUCCUUUUACGAACAACAAACAGUUCUACAGCACCAUCGCAUUUACUAAAACUGGGGAAUAUUCUAAACGAAUACGAACUUAUGACUCAUUACCGGUUGAUGUGGAGAGUUGUGCUGAUUACUCCACAGAGUCUCACAGUGGCACGUUUCCAGUUUACCAAAGUUUGGUUUUAGAAGAUGUUGGCUUAUUUGAUGGAAUUCAACGUGUUCUUUUUGCUUUCCGUCCUGGAGGAAUUUGGUUGUCGUCGAUAUUGCUACUUGACACUAUUGUCUACCUAUCAAAAGGUACUUUCCACGCUUCUCCACCAUCGUCUCAUCCUUUCAGUUCGCAGUUUAGUGGUAUUGUCUCAAAAAUGAACAUAUCAUCAUCUUUAAAUGAACUUGAUUUACUGCGGUGGGUCCUAGUUGAUAUUGAUGAUGUGUUUGUUCCAGAUCGAAAUGCGCAUCAGUCAACUGAUGACAUAAAUGCUAUGAUCAAAGCGCAAAAUUACUGGCGCACUUUUAUACCAGGAUUUACAUUUAAUCUGGGAUUCUGUGGUGCAUUUCUCAGUAAAUCACGUUGGUCAGAUAAAAUUGUUUACAAUUACAUUUUACAAAAUCGCCAUAAAUUUUGGUGGUUUAGUCAUUUAUGGCAUCAUGGUAGACCCCAUAUGAUGAAUAAAACAUUUAUUCAACAAGAUAUAGAACGCAAUCAAGUAUUCGCCAAGGAACAUGAUAUUCCAGUUCAAAUUGGUUAUUCUGUUGCGCCUCGUCAUUCUGGAGUUUAUCCUGUAUAUCCUGACCUUUAUGAAGCAUGGCGUACUGUGUCAAAUGUAAAUGUUACAUCUACGAUACAUUAUCCUUAUGGCAGAUCAUCUGAUUUUCGUUUGGGUUUCCGUUACAAUAAUAUUCAGGUUCUUCCUCGUCAAACCUGUGGAAUUUACACUCAUACACCUCAUUCCGAGAAUAUACGAGGCGGAAUAAAACAGUUAAAUGAAUAUAUUUUCGGCGGGACACUAUUUAGCACGUUUCUGUUCAAUCCGGUGUCCAUCUUUAUGACACAUCUUGUCAAUUAUGGAAAUGACCGAGUAGCUCUUUAUUUAUUUAAUGCUAUUUUUGAAUUCAUGACAAAUUGGACGAAUAUUAAGCUAAUUACAUCACCUCCUUCGGAAUUAGCUAAUAUCUACUUCGAACGUUUCAAAUUAUACGGUGUCAAUGAACUUCCUUUGUAUUCAGAUCCUUGUCUUAAUUCACAUCUUCAUGAGUUAUGGCCAAGUGAUUGGCCGUGUGGAUCAGAUCAUUUACCUAGUUUUAUUAUUAUUGGACCUCAAAAAACUGGUUCUACAGCUUUAUUACAUUUUCUUUUAUUAAAUCCUGAAUUAAUGUCUAAUAGAUUCCAACAUGAUUCUACUUUUGAGGAGUUACAAUUUUUCAGUUCUGAUGAUAUUUAUUCACGUGGUGUACAUUGGUAUAUGAACCAGUUUCCGAAUAAUUCAAUUAUAUCUCCAACGCAUGCUUAUAAUUUUAACAAUAAUAGAUCUAAUUAUUUAAAAAGCUAUGCUGCUGAACAAAUACGAUUUGAAAAAUCAGCUACGUACUUUGAUAAUCCUAAAUCUCCAGCACGAAUUUAUGCUUUAAUGCCCAAGGUGAAAUUGAUUGUUCUUCUACGCAAUCCAAUUGAACGAGCUUAUUCAUGGUAUCAACAUCGUUUAGCCCACAGAGAUAUUGCUCCACAGUUGUUGUCCUUUGUUGAUCUGAUGCAGUAUGGUCAUAAUCUAACUGAGGCUACUCUACUUAGCAUUGUACCAACUGAUAGAUUUUCUAACCUUUCUAUCGACAUUAAUAAUUCAAGUUUAAUGCGACAACUUGUUUCAAGCAUUAACCACUUAUGGUCUCGAUGCACUGGUCCAGGGAAUUACGAACAAUAUUUACGUAACUGGCUGACAUAUUUUCCGGCCUCACAGCUCUUACUUUUAGACGCCGAUAGAUUUUCUCGAAACCCGGUGCCUAUCAUGAAGAUUGUGCAGCAAUUUAUAUUAGUUCGUAGGCAGUUAGAUUAUUCACAAUACUUACACUUCAAUCGUAAAAAAGGAUUCUUUUGUGUGGUUACUAGAAACGCAUUUAAUUGGAAUAAUGGUUGCUUGGGUCGAAGUAAAGGAAGAACCUAUGAACAAUUAGAUCGCAAUAUUUUAUUGCCAAACUUAAUGGAAUUGUAUUUCUCUAAGGCUAAUCAUAAACUGUAUAGAUUAUUACAAAAAUAUCCUCUAUGGAAUAGUGCAUUGACAUUAAAUACACAUAAACUUCCAUCAUGGAUUAAAAUGAGUAAUUAGCUUAUUAAAGUCUUUUGUCUCCUGGUUAACUGCUUGUACAAAAUAUUGCCAUUUCUGCAUUUCUUGAUUAAUAAACUUCAGAAAAUUAACUUUUCUCUUUAUAUGUAGUAGUGACGCUGUAUAUCAUUUAAAAGCGAUUAUUCCUCUAGAUUAUGUACAUUAGGAAAAGCAAUACAAACAAAUAUGAUGAGUAAUGUAACUACUAAAUCGAUUUUAACAUUAAUAUAAAAAAUUGCACUCGAAAAACUAUAUCGCUCAGC